AUGGCAACCUCUGUUCCAAAUCAAAAAUUCACUAGCCAUUCUCGUUCCAUUAGUUUGCCUUCUUCAUCUCACCCUCUUAUCUUGACUGCCAAGGAACAUCUACAAAGAUUGAAAUCAUCAGAAGCAGCUCUCUCAAGUGAAAGACCUGGAAAAUGGGAAGAAGAGCUCUUGGAUGGAUCUCUCAGGCUGUUGGACAUUUGUGGGGAAGUCAGAGACAUCUAUUCACGGAUGAAGGAAAUUAUGCAGGAACUUGAGUCAUCUAUACGGAGGAAAAGAAGUGGAGAUUUGGCCCAUGAAAGCUCAUAUAUGAUCUCCAAAAAGCACUUGAAUAAAAUGAUCAGAAAAGUCUACAAAGAACUUAAGAAAGCAGAGAACUGCAACUCAACAGUGGUAAACAAAGACUCUGAAGAUGUCCCUUUGGUUAGCUUGAUCAAAGAAGUUCAACUUGUUAGUCUUCCAGUGUUGGAGUAUGUUCUGUCUUUCCUUUCUGGACCAAAGGCAGGAUCACAGCCAAAAGGUUGGUCCUUUGUAUCCAAUUUAUUAGAGCAGAAGAGAGCAUCAAGCAAACCAGAUUCUGAUACUGCAGCAAUCAAACAAAUAGAAAUUCAGUUGGAUCUCUUGAACUACAAGAAGUCAAACCAGGAAGUAAUAAAAAAACUUGAGGAAGUUGACUCGAGCAUUCAAGAAUCAGCAGAGGUGCUUGAAAUUGUGUUCAGGCUUUUGCUAAAAACUAGAGUUUCCCUUCUGAACAUUCUCAACCAUUAG